UCGAUUUGAAUAGCAUUUGUUUUAAGUUAAUUGCAUUUGCGACAACAUUGAACAAUUGAAAUUUUUCAUUAAAAUCAUUUGUACAUUUUUCCAAAUCGUUGUAUUAUCCUGUUCGAAAGAGAAAAAAUAUAAUAAAAAUAUAUAUGGCACUAAUGCAUAAACAAUCGCAGUCCAUAAAAUGUGUGACGUUUGUGUGGAAUUUCUAAGCCUCCUCGUUUCUUACGAAUCGAGAGUAAGUUGCAUUGGACCGAAGCAGCCAAAUCUCAGCAAACAUGAAGUUGAAAUUAUUUUCGGAUACAUACAAACCUGGCAACAACGACAAUGCAUGUGCUGUUAUCGCGAUAUCAAAAAUUUUGAACGAUUUCAGUUGGUUGUACAAUCGAUGAUCUGUUUGUCAAUAGUUCAACUGAAAAAUAUCGAAAAACUAGUUGUAGAUCAUAAUAAUAGGAUAUCAUCACAUCCGUCGCCAUCAACGUCACAAAAUCAAAAUGCUCUAUCAGCAAAGUCAGUCAGGCCUCCUUUGCUUGAGACACCGCCACACUUGAAGCCAAUCUUAUUGAAUUUCAGACCUGAAUUGGAUAAAACUCAAAAUGAGGCUGUAUCGUGUGAUAAGCAUGUGAAAGUUAAUAGUGGCGAUAGUGGCGAUAGCGGCGGAGCUACUAACAAUGAAUUGGUUAAAUCGAAUGCGGAUGCUCCGGUGGCGGCGAGUAACGAUGAUGCUAAUUUUACGGUGAAUACAACAGACAACGAUAAAAAAGACGACAACGGCGACCAUGACACCAAAAAUGCUGCUGAUAGUAGCACAGCUAAAAAAUCAUCGACAAAUGCAACAGACGACGAAGAACCAAGCGGCAGUGAUACAGCAAAAAAGGCUGACAGUCAAAACACAGACAAAAAUGAAACAAACACAAACAGCAGCAGUAGCAGUAGCAGUAACAGUAGCAAUAGUACUUCAUCGAUUUUAGCAAAAAUCAAUGAAACAUGGACAUUGCCCGAAUUUGAAAGACUGCUGAUAUUGCUUGCCAAAGCAUUUCUAUUAAAUUUUCCGCUGUACAUUGCGUACAAACAUGCUGUGCAACGUUUAGACGAAAUUUCACCACAAGAUGCACAAAAUUUGAGCAUUUAUUGCGAUUUACAUGAAAACGAAAUGCCCAUUUAUUUAUUGCGAAAUGUAACACUAUUCUGUACAGCACAUGGUUUCAAUCAUUUGAGUGAUUGCUUUGAUGUGCCACACUUGCCCGUAUCGACAGCGCACGCAAUAACAGCCGUUGUGUCAAAUUUAAAAUUGUGGCUAAAUUAUCGUAGUAUCGUUACGUUAUUUGUACCGAUUCGUUCAAAAAUCUUGCAGUACAUGUGCAAAUUGGCCGAUCAAGACUUACGAUCACCAGCUACGAAAUCAAUGGCUGACUUCAUGUGGACCGCUAUCAAAGAUCCAUUGGACACACAAAUCACAUUCGACACCGAUGGUCUGGCAUUGGCAUUCAAAUACUUUACAUCGACAACGCUUACAAUGCGUUUGGCUGGUAUGGCACAAAUCAACGCACAUAUUAAUUUAUUCAACGAUAUUUGUACAUCGGAAACGGUAGCUGAAGUUGAAAUUGUCGGUCAGAAAUUAUCCGAUUGGCUCAUCGAAAAUAAAAUCAUAAACCAUUUGUUCGGUCCAAAUUUGCAUGUUGAAGUGAUCAAACAAUCACCAAUUGUGUUACGUUUUUUAGCGGUUGAAAAUCAAAUCACCGAAGAGCAUUUGAAUUUGAUUUGGCAAGCGGCUCAACUAAAACAUUGCUCAAAAGCUAUUUACGAUGUGUUGCCACCACUAGUUAAAAAUUUAUCACUACAACCAGCGCUUCACAUGUAUUCAUUGCUGUGCCACUUGGAUCCAAAAGAACAUACCGAACAAAGCAUAUUCACCGCAUCAACGUUGAUCAAAAUGAUUUGGUUGCGUGAUGGAUCGCGUCAACAAAUUGUCGAUAUGCCCAGUUCGGCUGCAUUGCUUGCGGCAAAUGUUGGCUCUAGUUCAGAAAAUAGCGUUAGCAUCGAUGGCAGCAAUAGCGAUGAAGAGCAUCCAGACGAUGAUAGUUCAGAUGGCCAUAAAAGUGCGAUUGAUAUUGAAGUUGGCUCUGACUCCGGACCCACACCAUGCAAACAACCAAGACAUAAAAACUGCUGCGAAGAAACUACUGAUGACAGUAGUAAAAUCGAAGACAUCACUGAUGAAAAUGAGGCUGAAAACUUUGAUGCGGCUAUAAGCCGUAUAAAUCGUAGAUUAGUAGCACCCCUAAAUGCAAGUAGUAGUGAAGAUGGAAUUGGCGAACCAGAUGCUCAUGCUCGUAAAAAAAUUCGUAAACGUCGUAAGAUGCGUGCCGUCAUUUCGGCAAAAUCUCAGCUGCAAGGAAUCGAAGCAAUUUCAGAUGGUGACACUGACGAAGCGGUUGAUAUAAAUGACAGUGAUGACUGUAGUGAAUCACAGAUCCAAUCAGCGAUGCUGGGUCAUUUGCAUGCAAAAGCGCCAUUCAUUAACACGAUGGCCAAUAAUCAUUUGAUUGGUAUGUUAAGUGGAGGUGAAAAUGAUGGUAGUUAUUCAUCGCCGUUAAGUCAAAAAUCCGGUAAAAAUAUGGCCGAUUUUGAUGAUGAUGAUUCACCGUGCGAAGAAGAGCUCGCACAAUUAGCGGCAAGUACACAUUGUCUGGCUGCAUUUGCCGCAUCAUCACGAAAUAUGACACAAAAUGUGUUGAACAAUGCAUUGACUGCCAAAUCAUCGAGAAAUUCAUCGAGAACUACAACCGAAAAUGUUCGAACAAAUCUAAUGACUGCCAAUGAAGUAUCACAACCAUGCAAUAUUCUCUUAUGGGAUUUGCUUAUGGAUGACAAAAUCGGUCAACUCGGCGAAUCUAUGGCCAUUGAAACCGAAAAGGCUCUUCGAGCUCUAUUGUGCUUCAAUACAGAGAAAAAUAUUCGUACAAAAUUCAUUGAAAGUUGUUUGCAAAAUUUAGCAGCAAAUCGUAGUGUUGUGGUGAGUUUGAGACUUUUGCCCAAUUUAUUGGCAUCGUUUCAACAAUUUCGCGCCAUUGAUACGCAUCAAGUGACAAUGUGGGCAGAACGAAAUCAUAAAAUGAUGUAUCAUUUCUUCAAUAAUUUGAAAGUGUACGCAAAUCUAGUAAAAACUCCACAAAAUGUGUUGCCUUUAAAUCAAAAUGGCCAAACAAUGUAUUCGCAUAUGACGCAGGUGCAAGUUCGUUUAGAUUUUCUCACAUCAAUAUUCAGCACAAUUGGUUCGCCAGAAAAUUUCCGCCUGAGUUUGGAUCAAGUUGAUCAGCUAUGGUCAUGGUUGGCAAACGAUUGUGAAUGUUCUGAUUGUUUAUUUGCCUGGUUGCAAGGACAAGCGAAAAAUUCCGAACAACAUGCCCUCGGAAUUGAGGCGCUCCAACAUCUCUAUUUGAAAAAAUUGCCCGAAUUAAGACCCGAAGAUAUAUCAAUGGUUGGCUUAGGUCUGAUUCAAACGCUGUGCAGUUUGGCACGUGUCGCCGCUCAUUAUGAUGCAACACCGUCAGACUUAUCGCUGGACGCCGUUGGAAUGGGUCAUUUAUGGAAAAUUGCACUACGAGCAACAAAUACAGAUGUAUCUCUAGCGGCCAUUCAAUACAUCAACUCCUAUUACAUGGGCCAACAAUUGAAAAUGGAGAAAGAGUUUGUCGCCCAUUGUAUGAACCAUUUAAAACAAGCUUCCGAAGAUUUAAAUAGUAAUCGAUGCCAAGAGAAGGCUUUGAUGUGUGUGCAACGAGCUUUGAUGUUAUUGAAUACACAUUUGGACACGUUUCGUCGACGAUAUGCAUAUCAUUUGCGACGUUGGGCGUUAGAAGGAAAGGGUUUUGGUACACAUAGUGCACUACGAAACGAUGCAAUUGGCCCAUCAAUUCGAAUAAUUCUACAGCCAGGUGGUCUACCCGAUAAAUCGGUAUUGCACAUGCAUACCACUGACUUGGUGGCCGAUCUAAAAGCUGAAAUUGCAAAAUGGUGGGAAGCAUUGCAAGGUGGCGCCAAAUCAUCUGGUGUUGCUGCACCGGUACUAGGAUUUUUAUUAAGCGAAGGACCAUUGAGAAUAAUAACACAAGGUCAAGAGAUCACAUCUGAUUACGAUGAACGAACAAUUGCCGAUGUUGGUUUCAAAGACAAUCAAAUGGUUUAUGUUUCAUUGGGCGGUCGAGGUGGUAGCAGACGUCGCGAAACAUUCGAUCAUCCAUCAUUGCAGGCGGCUCCGCCAAAGGAGUGCUUGCCAACUGUGCUGCUGCUGCAACCGGAUUAUUUUGAAGAGCUUUUUAAUUUGAUGCAAAAAUUGGGUGAUAUGCGUAUUCUUGGUAAGAAUGGUUCAAUGCUUCCAUAUACGAAGGCACAAUUGUUGUCACGACGCGUUUGGGAUAUACUUGCGCUAUUGCCAACCAAUCCAGAUAUUUUGGAGAAUUUUAAGCGUCUUGGGGACACACUUUUGAAUAACGAACAUAGUUUACAACAUGAAAAUGUGGGCGUUGUAAAAUCCAGCCAAAUGGCAGAAUCAUGUGAGGUUCGUGAACAAAUACAAAAACAUUUAGAUCCAAAAAAUUUGCAAAAAUUCAUGUAUUCAUUGCACAUUGUUGAGAGUUUGGUGAAAUCAAAAAACACUGGUUGUUGUUCCACCAACGAAGCCAAUGCAAGAGGUUUACAAGUAAAAUGCAAAUCGAAACAGACCUCACAAAAGAGUAAUAAGAAUGCAGAUUCGGUGCUAAUCACAAAUAAAACUGCCGAAGGCAAUGAAAAUGUGGAUCCACAAGUGAAUUGCCGUAAACCGGAGCCACAAAAAGACGAACUAAUCAAAAGCAAAGAAAUCGAAAGCAUUGAAAUUGAUCGAUCGAUGGAAAUGGCAACAUCUUUACAAACAUCAUCAUCAACAACGGCAACAACAACACCACCAAUAGCGGCACCAUCUGCCAAUGAAGUAAAUCGAAGUACAGUUGCGACCACACAUCAAUGGUUUAACGGUUUUAUUGCAAACGGCGGCCUUCGACAUUUAUUUGAUAUUUUUCUAUCAGGUGUUUUACAAAGUGAUCAUAGUACGGAAAAUGAAUGGCGGACAGAUUGUUUGGCAAGCUUAUUACGAACGCUGUGCCUUUUAGGUGUAGAAGAGCUGAGACCAGAAAAUAAUUUACUAACCGUACCAGCUAUAAAGGAUUGUAUGAUGCAAUUGAUGUCAGCGAAAGCGACAUUGCAUCGAUUGGCAUCGAUUUUAAGUGAUGCGAGUCGACCACCGAAUCCACAUCAAUUCAAAACUGGUUUUUGGGGCCGAGCCCAGGUUAUACAUUACGCAAUGAAUUUGCUCGUUUGUUUGGUGCAUUCAUCAGCACAAGCACGUGAAUAUUUAUGGGUUGAGCCCGAUAUUUGUGCAUGGUUACAACGUUUUAUUCUUGACGAUCCAGAGCCAGCGGUACGACGAGAAGCAUGCGCUGCAUUGUAUCGAAUUUGCUUGGGAAAUUCGGCUGCAUACGAUUCACUGAUGGGACCAGUACUAUCGCGUUUGAUCAGCUUUUUACCGGUUGCCGAGAAAAUGGUAUCGCAAACAGUGAAUCCACAUUUGAUUGCCGAUGAUGGGAAGGAUCCAUAUGGUCCAGCAUGCCGUGAUUAUUUUUGGCUGUUGUGUCGCUUAGUUGAUACUUUAACACCAGAAAGUUUAGAUGAACCAUCAUCAGCGAUUAUUGACAUUGAAGCGCUGUGCCGUCAAGUGUCGAACAGCAUUAUUAAUCGAAAAAUCAUCGAAACACGUUUCAGUGGUCAAGACGAUGGUUUAGUUGGAUUAUUGAAUUUAAUGACGAAUUUAAUCAAAUAUGAUCCACCGUUUAAGUUUAGUUCCGACGCUGAAAUAUUCAUAACACAAGUGUUUGAUUGCCUCUUUGAUUUGCCAUCGCCGCAAAAUCGGCAAAAACCAAAAUGCAAAACACAAUCAUCACGAGCUGCUGCUUAUGAUUUGUUAGCCGAAUUGUGCCGAAAUGCACCAAACAACUUUAAAAUUUUGCAUAGCAAAUUACUGAAGCAACAUCAACCCGGGCCACAUUCACCAUAUCCAUGGGAUUAUUGGCCACGUGAUGACGGCCGCUCUGAAUGCGGUUAUAUUGGUUUAACGAAUCUCGGUGCUACAUGCUAUAUGGCAUCGUGCAUUCAACAUUUAUUUAUGAUGCCACAAGCACGAGAGGCCAUACUUACCGUUGAUCCAAAACAGUCACUCAAACAUGCAACAACACUUCAAGAAUUACAACGAAUGUUUGCCUAUCUUAUGGAAUCAGAACGAAAAUCGUAUAAUCCACGUUCAUUUUGUCGCGUCUAUCAAAUGGAUCAUCAACCAUUGAAUACGGGCGAACAAAAAGAUAUGGCCGAAUUUUUCAUCGAUAUGGUAUCCAAAUUGGAAGAAAUGACACCCGAAUUGAAAACGCUAAUCAAACGAUUGUUUUGUGGUACAUUGAGUAAUAAUGUAGUUUCACUUGAUUGCGGUCAUGUGAGUCGAACACAAGAAGAAUUUUAUACGGUUCGUUGUCAAGUGGCGCAAAUGCGCGAUUUACAUGAAUCAUUGGCCGAAGUAACGGUUAAAGAUACAUUGGAAGGUGACAAUAUGUAUACAUGUGAUCAAUGUGGACGAAAGGUUCGUGCCGAAAAAAGAGCUUGCUUCAAGAAAUUACCCGAAAUAUUGUGUUUCAAUACAAUGCGUUAUACUUUUAAUAUGUUGACAAUGCAAAAAGAGAAGGUAAAUACACAUUUUUCAUUUCCAAUGAAAUUGGAUAUGUCCGGUUAUGUGGAAAAGUCAUUGUUGCCACAACAAUAUCAGGAAUCAAAAACUGAUCAAACCGAAUCGACUAAACGAAAUGACGAGAAAUGCACAAAUGAACAACAAGAUAUGGAGAAAAUGGAAGUGGAUGGUGCUGGUGCCAAUGCUUCGGUUUUAUGUUUGGAUGAUGGUUUAAACGACCAAUACGAAUACAGUUUGAUUGGUGUGACUGUCCACACUGGCAAUGCCGAUGGUGGUCAUUACUAUAGUUUUAUUAAAGAACGCAAUGGUCCACAUCCACAUGGUCCGGAUCGUUGGUUUUUGUUCAAUGAUGCUGAAGUAAAACAAUUCGAUCCAUCUCAAAUCGAAGCCGAAUGCUUUGGCGGUGAAAUGACGAGCAAAACAUAUGACACAGUAACGGAAAAAUAUUUAGAUUUCAGUUUUGAAAAAACCAAUUCGGCCUAUAUGCUAUUCUAUGAGCGUGUACCAUCACAUCAAUCGUCAAAUGAAGCACAUUCAGAUCAUGGUUCGUUUGAUGAGAAUGUUAAAAUUGAUGAUUCAUACGAACAAGCAUGUUGUUCAACAACAACGCCGGUGCAACCAACAACAGCUACCACUCCACCAUCGAUGAACAAAACACACGGUGAUUUUAAUAAAAUGAACGAAACAUUCGAGAAUUCGGUGAUAUCGACAAGCUUAGACGAAAAAAUCGACGAACCAACAUCCACAAUAAAUCCACCACCAUCACCACCAGCCACUGAUUCAAUAACAGAGGAUUUAGCGGUAGAGCAUAAUAAAUGUGAUAUAGAUACUAAGAGUGGUAGUGAUUGCAAUGAAAAUGCGGAUAAAACAAUCGAUGCUAAUAACAAAACAAUAGCAUUUGCUGCGUCAACAAGCUCAACGAAAAAGACGACGACUACGACGACCACAACACCGAUAACAACACCAUUCAGACAUUUGCUGAACAAAGAACUCGAAGAAUGGAUUUGGGAAGACAAUCGCUACUUUCUGCAGGAUCGAAAUAUUUUCGAACAUACGUAUUUCAAUUUUAUGUGGCAAAUAUGCGGAAGUAUUCCACAGUCAUUAUUGCACAAAACUGAUGUUACAUGUAUAGCGGCUCAAUUAUCAGUAUCGUUUUUUAUUGAGACUUUUAUUCAUGCUAAGGAAAAGCCGACCAUGGUUCUAUGGGUCGAAUUGUUAACGAAGCAAUUCAAUGGUAAUCAGGAAGCUUGUGAAUGGUUUUUAACGCAUAUGUCAACGGAAUUUUGGUGGCCGGUGCAAAUUCUCAUCAAAUGUCCAAAUCAAAUGGUGCGACAAAUGUUUCAGCGUUUAGUCAUUCAUGUAAUACAACGAUUGCGUCAAUCCCACUGUAAUUUGUAUUUGAAAUCGGAAACGGAUGCCGAAGGUCGUGAAAUUGUUGGCGAUGCAUCGUGUGUUACGCGAUUUGUAAAAUCGUUAAUAACAAUCAUGGAACAUGGUGCAAAAGCUCAUUUACGUCAUUUGUCUGAAUUUUUUGGUUUGCUUUAUGAAUUCUCACGUAUGGGUGAAGAGGAAACAUUAUUUUUGCUCAAAAUCAAUGUGAUACGCAGUGUGGCCGACUUUUAUUUGGGUCAUAAAACACAAGAUUGCAUUGAUGUUGGUUCUGAUAAUGACGAUAAUUCAUCGGAUGAAACAUUAUCGAUUGAUAAAACAAGACCAGCGUCACUCGAUAAAAUGAUAGCUUUAGUGGCAACAUUGGUGGAACGUUCAAGGGGACCAGAUCUUCGGCUUCAAUUGUCUCCAAGGGAUUAUAAUGCGAUUGCUGGCGGCAAGGGAUUUCCGUUUUUAUACCAACAAAUUAAGGAUAACAUAAAUCCACAUCAAACACGACAUUUGAUACAUGCUUUGUGUCGAUGGGACGAACGUUUGGCAAGUCAAAUAAUUUCAAUGCUAUUUACAUCGGUUACACGGCACAUUGAAUUGUGCGGUCCAUUUUUCAAAUUGCUAACAUUGUUAACGGAAUCGUCGGGCGGACCAUCGGGUUUGCCAUGUUUUUCUCAAUUGGUUUUGUCACGAGUUUGGGAUGCUGCUGAAUUUUGUCCACAAUCAGCGCUCGAUUGGUUAGCCGUACAAGCACCAAGAAAUAAAAUCGCACAUGCAUGGAUUUUACAAUCAGCCGAAAGCUGGGUUGAACAGUUCCUUCUAGCCCAUAAUAAUGCCAAAGUGCGAAAUGCUGCCGCUUAUCUUCUGGUGUCGUUGGUUUCAUCACAAUCCUUCCGCACAAACUAUCGUGCCGCUUCAUUAAAAUUACAAGUGCAUACAUCUCAUCGUGAUCUCAGUGACGAGGCUACGCUAAUAUUGCAUACCAUUUUGAAUUUAUUGCUCCGCUUACUGCGACCAGCCAGAGUUUAUACCGAUAUAUUGGUGCAUGGACCAAGUAAAUUGUCAGCCUAUUUUGGCCUAAUGACCUAUUGUAUGGUAUCAAAAACCGAAAAACUUAUGUUAACACCAUACAUUCGAACUCUAUGGGAUCUAUUUCAUCCACGUUUGUCAGAGCCAAGUGUUCCUGCUCACCAUAAUAAACAAGCUCUUCUUGCAUUUUGGUAUCAUGCAACAAAUGAUUGCCCCGAAAAUGCACAAGCCGUCGCAAAUUGCCCCGAGAUAACCCGAAAUAUUGCAUUUAAUUAUAUUUUAGCUGAUCAUGAUGAUGUCGAUAUUGUAGCCUAUAAUCGUGCUAUGUUACCUGCAUAUUAUGGUUUGUUGCGUUUGUGUUGUCAACAAAGUAGAUCGUUGACACGACAAUUGGCCGCCCAUCAAAAUUUACAAUGGGCAUUCAAAAAUAUAACACCGCAUCCAACGCAAUAUGCAAUGGCCGUUGAUGAGCUUUUUUCAUUGAUGAAUCUAUUUGCGGCUCGCCAUCCAGACGAUACUGAAGCUGAACAACGUGAAAUUGCGACAUUCCGUAGAACAACAUUGUCUGCAUACUUAACGGGUAUCGAUGCUCGCGUCUCAUGGGGAACAUUGAUAGCAGCAUUACGAAUUUUGGUGGAUAACGAUGAUGAUCGAUUGUUUGUUGUUUAUAAUGGUGGCAUUGCAAUGUGUUUUGAAGCAUUGAUAACCUUACAUUCCAUGUAUCAUGAAGCAACGGCAUGUCAUGUGUCGGGCGAUUUGCAGGAAUUGUUAACCGAAUUGGCAUUGCUUGUAAAAGCAUUGCGAAUAAAUGCACGCGAACAGAAAAAACGACCGCCACAAAGUGCGCUCAAACAUUUACCGGACGCUGUACGACGUUUGGCCACAUUACUUAAUACACACAAUCCACCACAAAUGCGUAGUUUGGCUUUGGACGUUCUCACCGAAUUGGUACGAAAUCCGAAUCUCGAGGUGGUUGUCAUUUUGUGUCCAUUACUAUUGACAUGUCAUAUGCAAGCACAAGACUCACCAAAUAUUAUCGGACCGAUUGGACCAUAUUUUCCACGUCGUAGCAGUGUCAAAGCACAAUACAAUAACAUAGUUAAAAAUCAUCCACGACCACCGCGUUCAAUGAGUUCAAUGGUUCAAAUGAGCAUACCUCAAUCGCAAAUCAUACAACGUGGCAUUGACAAAGAAUUUGAUUGUGGAUUGGACGCAUUCUAUCGACCGUAUCACGAUUUCUUGGAUGUUAUGAUGCGAAUGGCUGUCAAUAUGAACACACUUAAUGAAUCAUUGGUUAAUCUUCAUUGUUUGGCUGGUAUCGAGGGAGCCACCAUGCAUUUUAACCUGUUUCCGAGAUUUUGGGUUGGCAUUUACAACAAUAAAACUACACACAAAUGGGUCGAAUUACUAAUAUCGAAUUCAAAUCUCAUCGAUUACAUGUACGCAAUUUUACGUGAAAAACGUGUUUCACUCAAUGAUCCAGUCAUAUUGACAUUCAUUGAAAUGUACUUCCCAAAGGUUUCUCUUCUACAUAUCGAUCGCUUGAUUGAGUCCAUAUGCCAAACGUUACUUACAAAGGAAAAUUAUGAAGAGAUUUGCGGUGAUUUGCUUGCACUAUGUGUAAUUACUCAAAAAGGAGUUCGGAUACCUUCAUUCACAUUACGUGAAAUGAAACGAUGCUUACAAGCAUUUUAUUCACGUUUCAAAGAUAAACUAUCGCCUUUAGACGAUGAAGAUUCCACUCCGCCACCAAUGAAAAAGCAACGAAAAUCAUCAUCGUCGGACAGUGAUUUCUAUGAAACACAAUCGUCGGCAAACAAAACAAACGAGAGCAAAAGUGAUGAUCAAACAACAGCGUCCACAUCAUUAACAACAUCAACACCCUUAUCUGAUGAAAAAGACACAUCGUUAAAAUCCGAAAGCACCGAAAACACCGAUGAUCAACCGCAAGAUGAUGAAAUGAAUGGUAAAAAGAUGGUCAUCGAACAGCAACAACGGUCAAAACCAAAUCUAUCCACAUCGCCAACGAGCUUAUCAAAUUCAUCGUCGGUAUCAACUGGAUCAUCGCCCGACUCGCAUGCAUUGGCAAUAAACACUUCCACCGAACAUGAGCAAAGUCUCGAAGAACGUAAAAUAUUGCGAAAAAUUGAUUAUCAUUUGAUGGAUAUUUUUCAGCAUUUGGAAGAAUUGGAAAUUGAGACUGCCGAAUCUGAAUCUGGUUCAAGUCGAUAUAAUACAACACUACCGAAAAAUAAUUGCACCAUCAGCGACACAAGUAACACUAGCGAUAACAUUACAUCAACUAGUCACAAAAUAUCAUCAACGGCAAGCUCAAUUGCUGACGAUGACAUCGGAACUGAACCAGGUCCUGGCCCAUCACAAUAGCACACCACCUUCUUCUGCCGCAAAAUAUUGUCCAUAUCUAAGGAAUACAUAAAAUAAAUACACAAAAUACGAUUUUCAAUGUAGGAUGGAUACAAAAAUUGAAAUAUGAAAAAAAAGCAAACAAAACUUUUUUCCGCUUGAAAAAAAUACAACACAAUGAAAACCAAACAAACAGAAAUAUAACUGAACUAUUGAAUCUUGAUUUAAAAGGAAAAGAAUAGAAAAAAUGGACGGAGGCCGAUAAAUAAGACAAAAAACAACAACAAAACAUAACACACAAAGUAAGCGAUAAACGGAAAUGGUAAAAAAAAACAUAAACAUAAGAAUAAAAACUUUGUUCAUUGUUUCUCUUUUUAAAAAAACACAAAAUGUUGAUUAUUGUCAAAAGUAUAUCUAUCGAUAUUAUUUAUUUUUUUCUUUGAAAAUGCAAAUUAUAUUUUCUUUUGAAUUGAUUACUGCGAAUAAAAUUAUAACUUGAA